UAUUAGAAUAUUUAAAAAGAAAAUACAUAUGACUCCUUGGAAUAAUUCCUAAUUUUAUUUUAUUAACUCAAAUGACCAUGCAUAAAGUUGCAGCUCUGCAGAAAAAGAAAAGAAGAGAUUUCAUACCUUACUUUCUAGGAUUUGUAAUAUUUUUAUAUUGCACGGUCCAUCUUGUAUCAUUUACUGCAAAAACAGCUCAGGAAACCCACUCCACCAGGGUGCGCAGGGCUCUGGAGAAUGAGACAGAGUGCAUCGAACCACAGUCCUCCGAGUUUCCUGACGGCUUCUUCACGGUGCAGGAGAGGAAGGAUGGAGGGCUUGUCAUUUAUUUCAUGCUUAUUUUCUACAUGCUGCUGGCUGUCACAAUAGUCUGCGACGAUUACUUCCUGCCAUCCUUAGAAGUGAUCAGUGAUCGUCUGGGACUGUCUCAGGAUGUAGCAGGAGCCACAUUUAUGGCAGCUGGGAGUUCUGCACCUGAACUGGUCACAGCCUUUCUGGGUGUAUUUGUGACAAAGGGAGACAUCGGGGUCAGCACUAUCGUGGGAUCAGCAGUCUACAACCUGCUAGGAAUUUGCGCUGCAUGUGGAAUCUUUGCCUCUAUGGCAGGGCGGCUCACCUGUUGGCCACUGUUCAGGGACUGCCUGGCAUAUGGAAUCAGUGUUUCUGCUGUUAUUGCCAUCAUCUCUGAUAACAAGGUGUACUGGUAUGACGCUGCCUGUCUGCUGCUGGUCUAUGCAGUCUACAUCGUGGUGCUGUGCUUUGACCUUCGCAUCAGUGAGUUUGUCCUGAGGAAGCUGAGCCCUUGCUGCACCUGUCUGGGUAAAGGAUCUGGUGAGAAGACUGAGACACAACCUCUGAUGGGCUGGAGCGACGAAACCAGUAUGCGAGUCCACAGUCGCUCCAGAACAGACAGUGGGAUCUUCCAAGAUGACUCAGGAUACUCUCACCUGUCCCUCAGCCUACAUGGCCUCAAUGAGAUUCCUGAAGAGCAUAAAAGUGUGUUUGCUGUGCCGGAGAGCGACCUGAAACGAAUCAUUUGGGUUCUGUCUCUGCCCGUCAUCACUCUGCUCUACCUGACCAUCCCCGACUGCAGGAGAAGGUUCUGGAGGAAAUGGUUCAUGGUAACCUUCUUCAUGUCAGCUGUGUGGAUCUCAGGUUUCACAUACUUGCUGGUUUGGAUGGUCACUGUUGUAGGCGAGACCCUCGGCAUUCCUGAUACAGUGAUGGGACUCACUCUGCUUGCUGCUGGAACCAGUAUACCUGACACCGUAGCCAGUGUGAUGGUGGCCAGAGAAGGGAAAGCCGACAUGGCCAUGUCUAACAUUGUGGGCUCUAAUGUUUUCGACAUGCUCUGCCUGGGCCUGCCUUGGUUCAUCAAGACUGCCUUUGUGGACACCAACAACCCUGUAGAGGUCAACAGCACUGGACUGGUUUUCAUUUCCUCCACACUCCUCCUGUCAAUCGUAUUCCUUUUCGUAUCCGUUCACAUCAACGGAUGGAAAUUGGACUGGAAGCUGGGAAUCGUUUCACUCUUCUGUUAUAUUCUCUUUGCUACUCUGUCCAUCCUAUAUGAGCUGGGGAUUAUUGGGAAUAAUCCCAUAAGACUGUGCAGUGACUGAAAUCUGACCUCCCCAGGACUCAGGCCAUAUUUUCUUAACUGAAACUCAAACUGCAGUCCAAAGCACAACAGAAUUGUUAAGCCUAUAAGUCUUCAAAUGUUAAGACAAGGCAACAUGGUCCCGCUCAUAUUUUUAAAGAUGGAAGCUGUGUGCUGGUCACAUCUCAUGAAAAGGAUGAUCUGCGUUAUUAAUGUAUAAAAAUAUAAUAUUUCACUUAAAGUGUAAGUGUGCUAAAGAUCAUUCUCUGGUGUGUGACCGACGGAUCCAGACCUGCAUUAUUAUACAACGACCUGAUAUGUCUUCUGUCUUACUCAAGACCCAUAAACAGAAACUGGGCGGUCGCAGGGGUGAACGCAGAGUUCGAAUAAAUCCAAAACCGACAAGUCAGAGUCACACAAUAAAGGUGUUAACUAAACUCAUUUGGCCUUGUCCUUCCUUUUAAGUGGGUGACUCAAGGCAAAAAAGAGGCCCAAUCUACGCAACUCUGAUAAGCUUUUAUGGGGGAGUCUUAUCACUUGCCAGGAAGGUAGAAAAUAGUAAAAAACACAAACAAAAACUUUCCACUUGUCUUCCGUUACCUAAAUAGUAAAACUAGAAUUUCACAAGUUUUAUUAGCCGUGUUUACAGCUAACUGCAAAUGGACUUCAGACACUGAUCUAUACUUAGAUUUAUAACAAUGGCAAUUUAAUCA